AUGGAAACCUACCGGAGAAAGACACCAUUCAGGCGCACAUUAGCCACCACCAUCCCUCCUCCCUCACCUCUUCCUCCUCCACCUCCACCUCCACCACCAGAAGAAGACAUUUUCAUACUAAAACCAGCUUCUUUGUUCAUAAAAUUCAUGGCUUUCCAAGUAGAUCUCAUCUCCAAUUGUCUUCUCUCACUUUCAUCAUCUUUCCUUAAUUUCUUAUCAAUUACCUCAUCAAAAUCACUCCUCAGAGCAGAGGAGGCCAGAAACACAACCGAGGAAGCCGUCCUUGCAGCCACCCGUGUCCCUUCCCGUGUCGCCUGCGGCGGUGGCCUCGUACUGCGGAAACUCGGAUUUGGGUUUCUGGGUGCUGCUUAUGUGUGUCUUGUACUGGUUAUUGUCAUGGCUUUUGCCAUUAUUAUCGGUGUUGGGUUGGUUCAAUUGUGGGUUGAAGAGCCAGUGUUUGUAAAAGAGCCUCUGCAUUUUGAUUACACAGAUGUUCAUCCAAGUGCUGUGCACUCCUUAGGUGGAGGUUUACAGGGGAAGAAGAAGAGAGCCAUUCCUUCAGGUCACACUUUCUAUGUUUCUGUCGUGCUCCUGAUGCCUGAAUCCGAUUAUAACCGGAGAAUUGGAGUCUUCCAGUUGACUGCAGAGGUCAUCUCAACUACUGGAGGGAUAAUAGCAAAAUCCAGCCAGCCAUGCAUGCUUCACUUUAGAAGUCUCCCAAUUCGAUUGCUGCGUACAUUUGUUCUGGGCAUACCCUUACUGUUAGGUUAUUCGACAGAGACCCAGAGGAUCAUAGUGGGACUAUUGAAGCACAAGGAAGGAAAACCCCAGACAGAGGCAAUAAGAAUAACAUUAAUACCUAGGGCUGGAACUACUUCUCCACCAGAGCUGUACACAGCUGAGAUUGUACUGAACUCUCAUCUCCCUCCGAGAAAAGAGCUAGUCUACAAUUGGAAAUUUACAUUUUACAUUUGGGCUACCUUUUCUGUGUACAUAAUGCUUAUUGUAAUUCUUGUUUGUUGCUUCAAACCAUUUGUCUUUCCAACAUUGACACCAACAGGAGCAAGAGGCCAGAAUCAAAGAGACCACUCUGUGGAAGUAGUUAACUUUCCACAACCCGAAGUUAGGGGAGAUGGAGAGAUCCCAAACACAAGAAGGAAAUGGCAGCGGAGCAGGAGGCGGCGGCCAUUAUUUCCACACAGAAUGGCCUUGACAGAAACUGUUGGGUCCUCGGCUUUGGGUACUACUGGUAACAGGGCAGAUAUGAGUGAAGUUAUUGACGAUUCUGGCGGGUUUACUGAUUCAGAAUCUGUGUGCCUUGGUGGUUAACUUGGUUGAACAGUGGAAGCUUUCUGAACUCUUCAAGUUUUUUGAACUGUAGAUUUGUUAUUGUUGUAUAAUAGUAUAAUGUUUUAAGUCAAUUUUGAUGUGAAAAUAUAUCCUGUAUCUGUGCAAUGUGACGCU